AUGGGGAUUCAGUGCGACAAGUGCGAGCAAUGGUUUCACGUGAGGACUGAUUGUUGCGAUUUAUCGCAUGAGAUGUACGAGAUCCUAGCAAACUCGUCCUUGCCUAACUUUUCAGACUCUUUCUUCGAUAAUUCACUGCAUUCCUUGUGCUCAUCAAAUAGUUUUGACCCACUGAAUGAUUGCGACAACAAAGUUUCUCCACCACAAGCACAUCGUAAACAAAUGUCGACAAAGGUGUCACGCCAUUUUAAACGAAACCCCAAACCAAGGAAAUUGACAUGUCUGGUCAUAAAUUGCCGGAGCUUAAAGAAAAAGAUCGCAGACAUCUCGGCUGUAAUUGAUGAACACAAGCCCGACGUAAUUCUUGGCAAUGAGUCCUGGUUAAACUCAGAAAUUACAAGUUCAGAGAUCUUUCCGGAAGGUUAUACUGUAUUUUGA